AUGCGGCUGGGGGAUCUCAGUCUUGCUGCAGGUCAGGAGUCGGAGGUCUCGCCCCCUUCUGGGGACACUGAGCUGUGGGGACAUGGCCGGCCAGCUGAGCCAGAGUUACGCCAUACUCUGACCACGCCCCCCACCCGGCCCCAAGCUGGAAGUCGGAGCCCCACCCCCGUGGACCUGCCGGAGGGCCUGGCCCAGCCCCGGGAAAGCACGGGGCUCUGCCAGGGUGCCCUGAUCACCUGGCACCACCAUCAGACGGAUUUCGAGAGCACCCUGGCCAUCCUGCCUCCCAGGCGUCCGGGAGCGGGCAGCGUGAGUGCAAUAUUCAGACCGCUGGUGCCCAGGACAGCACGGCGGUGGCCUCUGCCUCCUGGACGCCUGGACGCUGUGGAGGGAGCGCCCUUCCCCACUUGGGAGUGCAGGGACCAGAGGCAGAUUCGGGGCAGCGCCCACGGGUUCCAGUCCCAGGGAGGAAGGCGUGGCCCUGGCCAUCCCCCCACUGAGGCCAAGCGAGAAGUCCCACCUGUUUGUGAGUUACAGCGGCGUGGACGCCACGUGGACCCGCGGGCUCCUCAGUCCCUUGGAGGCGGACCACGCGGGGCUGAGGGUCUGCCUGCACGAGCGGGACUUCACGCCGGGCAGGAACGCGCUGGAGAACGUGGCAGACUGCAUCCAGCAGAGCCGGGGCUUCAUGCAGAGCCGGCGGUGGCUGCUGGAGGCCGACUGUCCCUCUUGGGCUCCUGCCUGGAGGGGAAGCCGGUCAUCCCGGUCGUACGGAGGGCCUGCCGGGUCCCGCUGCACCUCAGCCUGACCUGCCUGGAGGCUGCGGACAGCCGCUUCUACCCGAAGGAGGCGCAGCUCCUGUGCCUCCCCAGCCACUGUGUGGCGCGCCCCGGCCCUGCGCUCGGCCCCCACGCUCUACAGCGGGGACACCUGCUGACCCUGGACUGCGUCAACAGGGGCAACCUGCCCUCGUGGAAGGUGGGCACCUUCAGCACCCUGGGUGUCCCGUACCCCUUGAAGGAGGUGCUGGAGGACCCCGAGGUGCACACGCAUGCCAUGGGCACCGUGAGCGGAGCUCGGUCGCCCGCGUCCUGCCUGCCGUACCGGGGCUGCAGGAUCACACUUGGCAUCGUCCUGAUUCUUCUCUCCUCGGCAUCACUGUUCCUCCCCUUGCUUUUAGGGCUCAGGGAACGCCACCCAGCUCAGCGGUUCCUCCUGAUCACCGCCAAUGCAUUUUUCUGCCCCGUCCUCAUGGUCUUCAGUGUUAACGCCCUGUGCUGGUUCCGAAGGUUUUCCAAGAGGAAGAUGUGGGAGCUGGUCCGCAGAGCUGGGGAGGCCAGCCUGCUGCUGGCACCGCACUCGGCGCUGACGGGUUGCGAGACCAGGAACAGACCCUGCUUCGUGUACGUGCUGCUGGGGGACUGCAGGCGGGCCCUCCUGGGUGCCCCCGAGGACGAGGCCCUGUUCCAGGAGGCCCUGCUGCCGUUCUCGCCCAGCUACACCUGCUGCCUGGCCCACGCACACCGCCCCCACUGCGAGGACGCCGCGGGGGCCCCGGGCCACGUGGAGCUGGGCCUGUGCUUCUGCAAGUUCGUCUCUCUGCAGCUGAAGAGACUCGGGGGGCUCGGGGUUAAACCCGUGUGACGGCUGGAGGGCCCUGCGGAUGGGGCUGCGCUGAGCCCUGGCUGGUGCACGCAGGCCUCUCCCCUUGGUCCCCUGUGCCGAGCGUGGUGGCCCUCAGGCCCCUGCGUCCUGCCAGGCCAGAG